GCGCAAAUGCCACCGCCACCCCCGGCCGGGCCCAGCUCCACAGCCUCCCCUCCUCCGAGCGAAGUUGGAGGCCAAGGAGAAUGGCUUUAAAGUAGUCGCUGGGAAAACUUCCGGGGCGCUCGUUCAGGCCCACGGUUUGGGAAGAUCUCCCCUUGGGUCUUGGCCUCUCUGUUCUGUGGUACAAACCCCGGAAUCGGCAGCAUUCGUCUCCUGAUCUUUGGUUUUGAUUAAAAUGGUUUUGUAGAGGAAAAUAACUAAACAUGGGCAAAGGAGAUCCUAAGAAGCCGAGAGGCAAAAUGUCAUCGUAUGCAUUUUUUGUGCAAACUUGCCGGGAGGAGCACAAGAAGAAGCACCCAGAUGCUUCAGUCAACUUCUCAGAGUUUUCCAAGAAGUGCUCAGAGAGGUGGAAGACCAUGUCUGCUAAAGAGAAAGGGAAAUUUGAAGACAUGGCAAAGGCGGACAAGGCCCGUUAUGAAAGAGAAAUGAAAACUUAUAUCCCUCCUAAAGGGGAAACAAAAAAGAAGUUCAAGGAUCCCAACGCACCCAAGAGGCCUCCUUCGGCCUUUUUCUUGUUUUGUUCUGAGUAUCGCCCAAAAAUCAAAGGCGAACAUCCUGGCCUAUCCAUUGGUGAUGUUGCGAAGAAGCUUGGAGAGAUGUGGAAUAACACUGCUGCCGAUGACAAGCAGCCUUAUGAGAAGAAGGCCGCCAAGCUGAAGGAGAAAUACGAAAAGGAUAUUGCUGCAUACCGGGCUAAAGGAAAGCCUGACGCAGCCAAAAAGGGAGUUGUGAAGGCUGAGAAAAGCAAGAAAAAGAAGGAAGAGGAGGAGGAUGAAGAAGAUGAGGAAGAUGAAGAGGAGGAGGAGGAUGAAGAAGAUGAAGACGAAGAAGAAGAUGAUGAUGAUGAAUAAGUUGGUUCUAGCGCAGUUUUUUUUUUUCUUGUCUAUAAAGCAUUUAACCCCCCUGUACACAACUCACUCCUUUUAAAGAAAAAAAAAUUGAAAUGUAAGGCUGUGUAAGAUUUGUUUUUAAACUGUACAGUGUCUUUUUUUGUAUAGUUAACACACUACCGAAUGUGUCUUUAGAUAGCCCUGUCCUGGUGGUAUUUUCAAUAGCCACUAACCUUGCCUGGUACAGUGUGGGGGUUGUAAAUUGGCAUGGAAAUUUAAAGCAGGAUCUGUUGGUGCACAGCACAAAUUAGUUAUAUAUGGGGAUGGUAGUUUUUUCAUCUUCAGUUGUCUCUGAUGCAGCUUAUACGAAAUAAUUGUUGUUCUGUUAACUGAAUACCACUCUGUAAUUGCAAAAAAAAAAAAAAAGUUGCAGCUGUUUUGUUGACAUUCUGAAUGCUUCUAAGUAAAUACAAUUUUUUUUAUUA